AUGUCGGCGACGUGGAGUAAGCUGAAGAAAACGCUGUCGUUUAAGAGUUCUGGUGGACAGUCUUUGCAGAAUCCGCCUUCUUCGUCACCCAAUCAAGUGGAUUCGGGAUCCGCUGUGUGUCACUCUCCAUCCUCCGUCACCUCGUCUUCUUCCUUCUCAUCCCGUCUCUCCCGUAGCCUCAGUUCCAACCAUCGUUCAUCCAAGAAAACUUGUGCCAUUUGCUUGGGAAAUGUUAAAGCGGGGCAGGGUCAGGCCAUCUUCACUGCUGAGUGCUCCCACACUUUCCACUUUAGAUGCAUUGCCAACAGUGUGAGACAUGGAAAUUACCUUUGCCCCAUCUGCCGUUCUAAAUGGAAAGAAAUUCCUUUCCAACUGCCCGAUGUUAGUAGUGACCCCUUUCGUAAUGCUGCUGGACAAGCCCGAGUCUCUCCCCAUCAUGUCCCAUUUGAAUAUUACCCACCCAACUUCUCUCGUGUUCUUCAGCCUCCAUUAACAACCUUCUCUGAGCCCCAUCAGUACUCUGAUGAUGAGCCUCUACUUGUCGUCUCUGCAGAUCUGUCAUCACUAACUUCACGCGCUCAUCCAAAUACUGUAACUGUUAAGGCUUUUCCCGAAUUUCCUGCUGUAGCUGCUUCAGAGUCUGUUUCUGGGUUUGCAGUUCUUGUUGGCGUGCGAGCGCCGCCAAUCUUAGAUGAUGCUCAUUACAUUGAACGUGCACCGAUUGACCUUGUCAUGGUCCUUGAUGUUAGUGGCAGCAUGUCUGGCUCAAAGUUGGACCUUCUUAAGAGUGCGGUUUGUUUUGUCAUUGAAAACUUGGGGCCUUCUGACCGGCUUUCUAUAGUUUCUUUCUCUGAAAGUGCUCACAGAAUCUUCCCUCUGUGCAGAAUGUCUUGCACGGGUCGUGAAGAUGCUACACUGGCUGUUAGUUUACUUUCAGCAGAUGGUGAGACUAACAUUGUGGAAGGACUCAAGAAGGGAGCACGGGUUCUUGAAGAAAGGAGUGAAAGAAAUCCAGUAGCAAGUAUUGUUCUCUUAUCUGAUGGAAAAGAUACUUAUAAUGAUAUGAACAACAACCGCCGUCCUCAGAACCAGACUUCCUCAGAUCCGACACAUGUUCUAGAAUAUUUGAACCUGUUGCCUGUAUCCAUCUGUCCCACUGGAGCGAAUCAGAAUGAGGGUCAUUCAACUACUUUCCCUGUCCACACAUUUGGGUUUGGUUCAGACCACGAUUCUUCUGCUAUGCAUUCUAUAUCUAAUGCAUCAGGUGGAACCUUUUCCUUUGUUGAAUCCGUUGGCAUGGUGCAAGAUGCUUUUGCUAGGUGUAUUGGUGGUCUCCUUAGUGUUGUGGCUCAGGAGCUUCGGCUCACUGUUAGGCCAGCAUCACCCGGGGUUCAAAUUGGAACGAUUCCUUCCGGGAGAUAUGCGAAUGUUGUUUCUGAGGGAGGAAGAAAAGGUGUGAUUACUGUUGGAGACUUGUAUGCAGGUGAAGAGAAAGAAUUCCUUGUCAACUUGUCAAUUCCAGCAUUUGCGGGUGUUGAACGUGACGACGGUGUGGCGCAGACCCCACUUCUGCAAAUCAAAUGCUCUUACAGGGACGCUGUAUCAAAGGAGAUGGAACACGUGGAAGGCGAGAGAGUUGAGAUACGCAGACCUACGACUUUGUCUCCUACAGAUGUGAUAGUGAGCGUCGAGGUUGAUCGGCAGAGAAAUCGCCUGUGGGUGGCAGAGGGCAUUGCAGAAGCACAACAGAUGGCUGAAAUGGGAAAUCUGGAGGGUGCACAGGCAGUGCUGACAAACAGGAGAGCAACCCUUCAAUCUUCUGCAUCAGCUCAAGCUGGCGAUGGCCUCUGUAGUUGGCUCGAAUCUGAGCUGACAGAAAUUAGAGAGAGGAUGGCAAACAUGGAAAUGUACGAGAGUACAGGGCGAGCAUAUAUCUUCUCGGGAAUAAGCUCCCAUUCUUGGCAGAGAGCCACAACUCGGGGUGACUCGACUGGACAUUCAAGAGUGCUGACAGAAGGUGGGAGUUCGAGCCACUCUGGAGCAGUCGGCUAUAAUACCCCAGCAAUGGUUAGUAUGCUUUCAAAAUCACAGAAUCUGACUUCUCUGAAUCCACCCGAGCAUCUUCCGCGACAUAAAAAGUCAGGAAGCCUGACCCGAAUAUAA